GGUGGGUGGCCCUUCCUACCUCAUAGCAGAGUGACAGUGAAAGAAGGACCCAAACCUUUAAUCCUGUUUUGCAGUGGAUUUAUCAGAAAGCAGCUGCAGCAGCCUGGAAAACACCAUGGAAAAAAUCCUGAAAACAGAAUUGAAAACUUCUGUUCUGAAAGCGUUUGGAAGCUCGGGAGGAGGAUACAUUAGCCAAGGCCAAGCUUAUGAAACAGACAGUGGACGAGUAUUUGUUAAAAUCAACCAUAAACCUCAGGCUAGAAAAAUGUUUGAUGGGGAAAUGGCAAGUCUGGAAGCUAUCCAAAAGACCAACAUUGUGAGAGUGCCUCAGCCUAUUAAGGUAAUUGACCUACCUGGAGGAGGAGCAAUGUUUGUCAUGGAGUAUCUAAAGAUGAAGCAUCUCAGCAGAUAUUCCUCAAAGCUUGGAGAGCAGAUAGCAGAUCUUCAUCUUUAUAACCUGAAACUUGGAGAGAAAUUGAAAAAGGAGGAAAGCACAAUUGGUAAAGGAGCAGGUCACUCUGAGCCUCAAUAUGUGGAUAAGUUUGGAUUCCAUACAGCCACUUGCUGUGGUUAUAUACCACAGGUGAAUGACUGGCAGAGUGAUUGGACUUCCUUCUUUAUUCGUCACCGACUCCAAGCUCAACUGGAUUUGGUUGAAAAAGAUUAUGGAGAUAGAGAAGCCAGAGAACUUUGGUCACAGCUUAAACUAAAGAUUCCUGAAAUGUUCUCUGAUAUAGAAAUUGUUCCUGCUCUGCUGCAUGGGGACCUGUGGGCAGGAAAUGUGGCUGAGGACGACUCUGGGCCAAUUAUCUUUGACCCUGCUUGCUUUUAUGGCCACUCAGAAUUUGAACUGGCCAUUGCUGGAAUGUUUGGUGGGUUUAGCAGCUGCUUUUUCUCUGCUUAUCACAGUAAAAUACCCAAAGCUCCAGGUUUUGAGAAACGAAACAAAUUGUAUCAGCUCUUUAAUUACAUAAACCACUGGAACCAUUUUGGGACUGGGUAUAGGGGACCUACCCUAAGUUUAAUGAGAAAACUUCUGAAGUAACCAGAUAGGUCUGAGAAAUUCUGACGUAGCCCCUUAGUAAUUAGCAGUCCUUGCAUAUCAGAAGUAACACAAACUGGGAGUUAAUGCUGAAACACCGGACAUGUAAAAGCUUGGUACACUUUUGAGUCUCACAAAAUGUUAAGAUUAUGUUAAACUUAUACACAAGUUUACUAUGUAUCUCUAUUCAUACCCUGGUGAAGAAGACUGCUUUGUUUGUGAAGACUGGGAAGCAGCCUGACAGUCAGCCUGACCUUACUCUGUCUCACUUCUUGGCUGCUGUGUUUGCACUUCAGCUGCUGCUCUGUAAGCAGUUUGUUAUUGAGCAUUACUGUUGUGCCAUUGUGAUGCUGGGAAUAAUGACUAGGUCCUUAAUUCUCCCCUUUUUUGUUCUCUUUUAGUUUUCUGUCUCUGUAUCCAUUCCCUUUUCCCAUUUAUUAUUUUUGUUGUCUUUCCCAUGUUGUGUCCUGAUGGAAAAUUUGUAUCAGAUUCUAUGAAUCUGAAAAUGAAAGCAUUCUCUUUUUGAUUUAAAGAGUAGACCAGGCCCUUUGAACUGCACUUAGCAAGCCUAUAUAAUUAAUAAUAUUUCUAAUAUUUAUUUUAAUUUAAUGUAAUUUUGUUUUUCCUUUCCUGUAAGAAAUUAAUUUAUAGCAGUGUUUCAUAAGAGGUGUCUGUGUAGUUCCUUGCUAACUAACCCUAUGGUCAGACAGUGGGUUGUGACCACACAAGGUUGAGAAAAAUGUAUCAUAGUCUUAGUAUAUUUUUGUGUGUAAUAGUAUAAUAGUAACAUUUAAAUAGCUUUAUAAAAAAGAUACCAGAAAGUGGGAGGGAGGCUUAGUAUUUUGAUUACAAGAAAGCAUCUGGUGUGUUGGUUGGUGCUUGAUUUUAUAAUGGUUUUUUCAGUUUUAUGAAGUAAUGCAGGCAUAGCUGAUCUGUUCUGCCACUGCUGGAUUACUGAAGGAACAAUAUCAAAUUUGAUGGCUUUGUUUUUUAAUACUCCUAACUGCUCUAUUUUUGCAGAAAACAUAGGCAAUGAGAAUUUGAGGAGAAAACUCUACAAGACAGGUAUUGCUGUACAAUGUAAGCUCAAGUACAUUUAAAAUAAAACUUUUUUUUUUUUUUAAAUAAAGUAGAUAUAAGUGCAGUAUGACAUGCUUAUGUGAAUAAGAAAAUCUGAAUAAGAAUGACUGAACUUAGGUAUUUACCUUUCAGAUGUUUUUCAUGACUAAUUCCUAAAAUGUUAUAUUAAAAGUUGUUCAAAUGUUUGGACUUCUUUUCAGCUUUAAUUGGCUGUGCUGUAUUUCAUAAACUUCAAAGAUAGAUGUUAUACUCUUUUUAAAAAAAUGCAUUUAAUUAUCCGUAAAUAUAAUACAAAUAGCUAACAUUUUUUACUUCCUUUGAAUUUGGGCUACAGUUCAGAGAAGUUGUAACGGUGUAGUUAUAACACUUCAUCUAGUGGAAAAAUAGAACAACAAAGUUAGAAUAGAGUUGGAAUUGGAGCUGAUGGCUUGGGAAAGGCCUGGGAAAACAAUGAAGGGGACGUGCAUGGGAGUUUAUUACUGUGAACAAACCCACACUGCAUGGGAAAGUACCAUGUGAACUUGUGAAGUCCUUCUCAAAUAAAGCACUUGCCUUGCAGAAA